CUUUGUCGCAACAAGCAGUCAUAUGAUGAACACUUUAAACAUCCUCCUCUUGAAGUAAACGUUUUUUUUUAUUGUCUGUAAACUGUGUUGCUACAAGGUUGCGUUCUCGUCUAAAACGGCAUAUCUCGGCAUUUAUCGAAUGAGGCUCCGUUGCAAGAGUGAACAUCUAAAACUACGUUUGGGGAAAAGGUAACUAAGCGCAGCGCUUUCAAAUAGGGUACUUCUCUAUAGAGCAGGAGUGGGCAGAAGUGUAUAGGCUACGUUGCGCUCGUCUAUCUCUAUCUAUUAGAAAGUGCAUAGUACAUUGAUAUGUCUUAACUUGUCGCUUGUUCAAAAAUAGGAUUAACAGCAUAGCCAUAAACCAUCAUUAUGCUUUCCUGAACUGAUCCUGCAAGAAUAGUCUUUAGGAUAUCUGAAUAACGGCAUUCACAUUACAGUAUUAUACAAACGUGUAGACCUAAGACCUAUCCAUUUUCAUCUGGCUUUAUGGUCGAUUCAGUCUUGUUUUUGGAAGGGGCGAUGUCGAUCGAGAAGUUGCAGCAGUAUCGAGAGCAGAUGCGCACAGAGCUGGACAAAGUGGUGGACUUCUGGCAGAAAUAUUCUCAUGACACACAAUAUGGGUAAAACCAUUUGAUCAGAUAUUCACAAAUAUUUGUGGAAGUUAUUGAUGCAAUUUGUUGUUAUUUGAACAUUUUCUUUAUAAUAAUUUAUUUUGACAAAAAUAAAAAGUAUAGCCUAGUCUAGAAGUAUGCUAGUAUGUAUGUCAUGUCUGUGAGAUGAGAUCAGUUGACCAUGUUAAACAAUGUAUUUUUCCAGUGGGUUUUUCACUUGUAUUGGGAAAGAUGGAAAAAUCUACGACGAGCUGAAAUAUGUCUGGUUGCAGGGGAGACAGGUAAACUCAUCCACAAAUGUUCAGUGAUUGUCUUACCACUCAACACCAAACAGCCAGACCAAUGCAAAGGGCUGCGAACAACAUUGAUGUGCAUAUUCUGCUUAUGGUUGCAGUGCACCAUGAUUUGAUUCUUGGGUGGGUUUUCCCAUAUGUAAAAAGCAAUAGUAGACUAUAUCUGCAUGUGUAUGAGGUUUGUGUUGAUUCUUAUGUCUAAUAAUAAUGUUACUCACAAUCAAUGUUCCCUCUAAUUUCUUUUGGCAAUGAGCAAAUUUCAGGUCUGCUGAGUGCAAACUUGACGCGUUUACUGUAAACACUGAGGCUGUACCCGCUUUAAGUUACCGUUGUAACAGUGGUCAAGUAGGCUACUGUGGCUAUUUGAUCAUAAUGUAGGCCUACCAGUGUGGUCUACCAACAAAAACAAUGGAGCAAAUGCAUCCCAUAACAUUUGAACAUGGAAAUAGCUGUUCUAUCAUUCAGCCUACAUUAGCAGUCAAUGUGUGGUCUUCAGUGUAGGCCUACAUUUACAUUUACAUUUUAGUCAUUUAGCAGACGCUCUUAUCCAGAGCGACUUACAGAAGCAAUUAGGGUUAAGUGCCUUGCUCAAGGGCACAUCGACAGAUUUUUCACCUAGUCGGCUCAGGGAUUAGAACCAGCAACCUUUCGGUUACUGGCACAACGCUCUUAACCACUAAGCCACCUGCCGCGAAAAAAAACAUUAACCUGUUUCUCCACUUGUCCUUCAGACAAGGAGGUGACUGAAAAUGUUGUUGAGUUGUUGAGUCAAGAAACCACUUUACAAAAUAAAAUGCAUCAUUAUUCCCAUACCAUUAUUACAGAGAAUCUGACAAAUUAUGCUACCCUCUGCCUAUUGGCUACUUAGCUUAUUCAAGCCUGUCUCAAAAUACAACACUUCCCCUUUAAGACAAAAAAAAGCUCUUUAAUUUACUCACUUUUCAAAGAUGGCUAGAAAUGCACACAUUUUGUGCUUUUGUAGGAAGCAAUCACUCCCCCAUUUCUGAAUACAAAUGAUCUAUAACUGGGCUAAUAACUCACUAACUAGCAAAGGAUAUGAACAAAUGUGCACAGGUGGCUAGAUGUAGCUCUUGCUUUGACCUCAAAACAAGCGCAUCAACUCAUUAUCGCUCAUGCUGUAAACACAGUCAAAUUCAAAGUGAAUGGCACAGAUUCAUAUAUGGCAAUGGUCGAUUUGCAUAUAGGCCUACUGCAGCUCUGAUUGGUUAUGGCGCACCGGUCUGUGUAGAGUACGGACCUGAGUGCCUGUCAAUGCAUGCAAUAGAAUCCUACUCCGAUGUGUUCUGCCUACAACAAAAUCUCUUGCAUAGUUAAUUUUUCACACUAAGUCUUGCAUAGUUCGUUUUGUUUCGGUAUGUUGCAUUGAAACGUUGAUAGUGAACUAAUGGGGAAAACUCUAGAAAGUUGAGUGAAGUUCAAUCUCGUGCUUCUCUGCGUGGGCUGAUAUUUCUUCUGUGCGGCAGUAACGGGCUGUGCACCGGCGCACUUGCGCAGCUUAGAGGGAACAUUGCUCACAAUAUAAUUUCACAUUUUCACUUGGAUAAAUGUAUCUUUGCAGGUGUGGAUGUAUUGCCGCCUAUACAGGACAAUGGAGCGCUUCAACAAGCCUGAGAUCCUGGAAGCCGCCAAAUCUGGUAUGGGGGUUUCGGGUUUGGUGGUUGCACAGCAUCCUUGUCACUGAAAUGUUAAAGCAUUUUAGAGUGGAUUUCCAAGCACUUAUCAGGUUGUUUAGAUGUUGUGUCCUGUCAGCUUUGCAAGGAAUUUCCCAACUAAGCAUUAAGUAACAGCAUUUAGCGCCAAGCUUUUUCCAAAGGUGGUAGAUGGUGAAAUGUUUUCUGUUAGUGAUUAAGUUGAUUAAUGAGAGUCAUUUAAAGAGGUCAGUAUUCUGACUCAUUUAACUGAUGCAAAGUGCACAGUCUGUGACAAACUGAGUGAAGACAGUACUUAAGUAACAGAGGAAAUAGCUGUUUUGAACCACUUAGUAUGGUGUAGGCUACAUACAGGAUAUGUGCAAAUACAAAAUCAAGGUGUCAUGAAGACUAAAAACAGAAAGAAGCGCACCCAAUGUUAUUAACAGCAUGAAGAUACACACAUUCCCAGUACAUAGGUGAAGACACUCCAAAGAUGUAAUGAAACAGAAAAAACACCAAUAGGAUUUACUCCAAUGUUAGUUUCAGGCUUUUCCGUAUCUAGACCACACCGACCUUCUCCUAUGAAACUAGUCUGGGCAUGCAACAGCUUAUAUGCCUAUAAAAACCAAACUCGUACUGCUUUUAUAAACAUUGAGUGAUCCUCCUCUUUCCGGUUUGGUAUUCAAUGUGUCAUCUAAACUUAAAAAUGUAUACCACAUUUUUACUUGGCUGCAGAAAAACAAACAGAUGUGAGGUAGUAACUGUUUGUGGUCUCUAUAGGCAUUUUGGUACAACAUUCUAGUUGUGACAAGCAAACUUUAUCGUUGUUGUUAAUGUUGUUUUUAUGUUUUCUUAGGGGGUGCAUUCUUGCGACGCUUCGCUCGCAUUCCCAAUAGUGGCAGCCCAUGGAAGUGUGCCUUUUGUUUGACCAGGGACGGUAAAGCCCUGAAAGUGCAGAGGACCAUCUUCAGCGAGUGUUUCUAUGUCAUGGCCAUGGAUGAGCUGGCCAGGGUCACAGGAGACCAAGACAUGCAGGUAAAACAGCCCGGGGCACUAAACACUUCCACAAUAAAGCUUUCUGUUAAAGUGGCAAUCUGAUUGGUACAGCCAUAUUUGAACUUUUAAAUUAAUUACUAAUAAUUAGUUUAACUGUUGUAGCCCAUGAGAACCCAAAAUAUAAGCUUGUUUUACUCCUUUAAUUUAAUUAUAAACAUACUAUAGCCUCAAAACAUGGUUAAAACUAUAAUUUUUUAAUCAUGGAUGAUCAGUUCUUCCAUCCGUAGCGCUGUCUCUGAAUUAUAGACAGGUUACAUUUCUCCAGCCCCAUCCUUCCGCAGUUUUUUUAUUUAAUUUUUAUUUAACCUUUAUUUAACCAGGUAAGCCAGUUGAGAACAAGUUCUCAUUUACAACUGCGACCUGGCCAAGAUAAAGCAAAGCAGUGUGAUAAAAACAACAACACAGAGUUACAUAUGGGGUAAAACAAAACAUAAAGUCAAAAAUACAACAGAAAAUAUAUAUACACUGUGUGCAAAUUUAGUAAGUUAUGGAGGUAAGGCAAUAAAUAGGCCAUAGUGCAAAAUAAUUACAAUUAGUAUUAACACUGGAAUGAUAGAUGUGCAAGAGAUGAUGUGCAAAUAGAGAUACUGGGGAGCAAAUGAGCAAAAUAAAUAACAAUAUGGGGAUGAGGUAGUUGGGUGGGCUAAUUUCAGAUGGGCUGUGUACAGGUGCAGUGAUCGGUAAGGUGCUCUGACAACUGAUGCUUAAAGUUAGUGAGGGAGAUAAAAGUCUCCAGCUUCAGAGAUUUUUGCAAUUCGUUCCAGUCAUUGGCAGCAGAGAACUGGAAGGAAUGGCGGCCAAAGGAGGUGUUGGCUUUGGGGAUGACCAGUGAGAUAUACCUGCUGGAGCGCAGACUACGGGUGGGUGCUGCUAUGGUGGCCAAUGAGCUAAGAUAAGGCGGGGAUUUGCCUAGCAGUGAUUUAUAGAUGGCGUGGAGCCAGUGGGUUUGGCGACGAAUAUGUAGUGAGGACCAGCCAACAAGAGCGUACAGGUCACAGUGGUGGGUAGUAUAUGGGGCUUUGGAGACAAAACGGAUGGCACUGUGAUAGACUACAUCCAAUUUGCUGAGUAGAGUGUUGGAGGCUAUUUUGUAAAUGACAUCGCCGAAGUCAAGGAUCGGUAGGAUAGUCAGUUUUACGAGGGCAUGUUUGGCAGCAUGAGUGAAGGAGGCUUUGUUGCGUUGCGAAAUAGGAAGCCGAUUCUAGAUGUAACUUUGGAUUGGAGAUGCUUAAUGUGAGUCUGGAAGGAGAGUUUACAGUCUAACCAGACACCUAGGUAUUUGUAGUUGUCCACAUACUCUAGGUCAGACCCGUCGAGAUUAGUGAUUCUAGUCGGGUGGGCGGGUGCCAGCAGCGUUCGAUUGAAGAGCAUGCAUUUAGUUUUACUAGUGUUUAAGAGCAGUUGGAGGCUACUGAAGGAGUGUUGUAUGGCAUUGAAGCUCGUUUGGAGGUUUGUUAACACAGUGUCCAAUGAAGGGCCAGAUGUAUACAAAAUGGUGUCGUCUGCGUAGAGGUGGAUCUGAGAGUCACCAGCAGCACGAGCGACAUCAUUGAUAUACACGGAGAAAAGAGUCGGACCAAGAAUUGAACCCUGUGGCACCCACAUAGAGACUGCCAUAGGUCCAGACAACAGGCCCUCCGAUUUGACACAUUGAACUCUAUCUGAGAAGUAGUUGGUGAACCAGGCGAGGCAGUCAUUUGAGAAACCAAGGCUAUUUAGUCUGCCAAUAAGAAUGAGGUGGUUGACAGAGUCGAAAGCCUUGGCCAGGUCGAUGAAGACGGCUGCACAGUACUGUCUAUUAUCGAUCGCAGUUAUAAUAUCGUUUAGGACCUUGAGCGUGGCUGAGGUGCACCCAUGACCAGCUCGGAAACCGGAUUGCAUAGCGGAGAAGGUACGGUGGGAUUCGAAAUGGUCGGUGAUCUGUUUGUUAACUUGGCUUUCAAAAACGUUACCAACACAGUGGGGGGGUCACCACUUUGUUAUUGUUUGAAAUGCAGAUUAGACUUCUGGGUUUGGCGAAAAGGGUCAUGCAUCAAAGACCCAAUCAAAUUUGAGCAGAAUGGGGGCAAAUACCUGCUAGCCAAUCAGAACACAGAACCCUUAGUGGGUUUAGCCUGUAUUAUGGCCUAUUUUAUUUCUCAUACGCUCUCGUUGUUACUAGGCGGAAGCAGCACAAAUGAUGGACCAGCUGGUCCACUGGGUCAGAGUGGACCCAUCAGGCCUGGGCAGGCCCCAGCUUUCUGGAGACACCCCGGUCUGCAGCAUGGCUGUCCCCAUGAUGCUGCUGUGUCUGGUGCAGCAGCUCACGGAGGGCCGCAGCGGGGAGGAGGUGGACAAGUACAGGGAGGUUGGAGGCUGGUGUGUAAAGCAGAUCCUCCAACACCUUCAGGUACAGAACUGUAGUCCUACAAAUAUGAAACAAUCAGACCUAGGUUCAAAUAUUAUUUUUUUGGUUGAGUGUCUGAUUGAGCCUGUUUGGAGUGUCAGAUGGGUGGCGUUUGCACUUUUGGGGCGGUUCCAUUGAAUUGGAGGUAGGAAAUAGAAAAUGGAUUUUUACUUGUCUAUGACUGUGUCUUUGUACAGAGAGGUGGUACGGCCAUUUUGGAAAGUGUCUCAUCGGAAGGAAAGGAACUUCCUGGUUGCCAGGGGCGACUGCAGAACCCGGGUGAUACCCUUUGUACUCAAUUUAAGGAGGUUUCUCUAGAUCAGGGCUGUUCAAUUCCGGUCCUGGAGGGACGAAAACACUUCUGGUUUUUGUUUCUACCUUGUUUUUAAUUGCACUCACCUAGUGUCCCAGGUCUGAAUUAGUCCCUUAUUAGAAGGAGAGGAUGAAAACCAGAAUUGUUUUGGCCCUCCAGGACCGACAUUGACAGCCCUGCUCUAGAUAAUGUUUGAUAAGCUCCAUAUUACUUAUGUCAAGUCAUCUAACAUAGGGGUGUAUAUAUUACAGUGUAUUAGCCCUAAUACUAUAUGUUUUCUGUUUUGUAUAGUAGUGUAAUAACACUAGUAACUUAGUCAGACUGAAUACUUCACAUGUAGGGAUAUCUAAGAUGACCGGGUUGUUGCCAUUGUAUUGCCUGCCUGUUGUUUCUUUCCUUUAUGGUUUCCUUAUACCUGGUUUCCUUGUUUCCUUAUAUACUGUUGCCAUAGGCCAUGCUCUGGAAGCAGGCUGGUUCCUGCUUCAGUACGGUUUGGAGAAUGGGGACCAGGAGCUCCAAAGGACAGCAGUGGACAAGUUCAUGGAGGUCCCCUUUCUGACAGGCUGGGACAAGGAGCACGGAGGGCUCCUCUACUUCCUGGAUGUGGACGGUUACUGCCCCACACAGGUACAUACUGUGAAAGUAGAUUUAAUUUAUUUCCUGUACGGGACCUCCUAUGUGUGCACCAAAACAUUUUAUGGGCCUAAUCAUAGAAUUACAGAUAGAAUCCCUAUUAAUUCAGAAGGAUCUCUGUGGACCUAGUCGUAAAAGAUUUGUCAUUUAACUUUUAUUACUUAUUAUUUUGGCAUAAACACAACCCAUCAUUAUGUUUUUUUAUUUGAUUGUCAAUGUUUUACCGGUACGGCGUACCCCCACAAUUUAUUUUGCUGGGACGCCGUACUGGACCGUAAAACACCUUACUUUCACCCCUGCAUACAACACUGCGCUUGCUGCUACUGCAUGAGUCGUUCAACCAACUAUAGCAUAAAAAUCAGUGCAGGAGACAAUUGGCUGCUCAAACCCACACUCAUCACAAAGGAUUGAAUGGGUGAAAGUAAUAUGGAUGAAAUGCCAACUGAGGUUCUCAAACCUAUUGCUGUCCAGCCCUUUCAAGGCCUUUAUUAAUUGACUAAAUAAGUGAACAAAGGACUAUAGAAAUGUGAACCAGGGCCAUUGUGUUCUGUUUUCACAGUUGGAGUGGAGUAUGAAACUGUGGUGGCCACACUGUGAGGCUCUCAUUGCAUACCUGAUGGCCUACAGCCAUACCAAAGAGCCAGCCCUGCUGGAGCGAUUCUCUCAGGUGUACGACUACACCUUCAGCCAUGUGAGUGGACUCCAGCGCCACAUAAACAGUGGAGGACCGAAUCUCCUCUUUGACAAAAAUUAUCUAAGUCAAAAAAAAAAAAUUAUGCUAUUGUUCUGCUAGACAAUAGCAUGGAAAUGCCAUUAAUAUGGAUGUCAUUUUAUAUGUAGGGAAUAAAUAACACAAAUAUUUGAUAUUGCAGCUAAAAGUAAGCUAAAUUGCUUGAGGAGCUAACAUUUUUCAAUAUGGCGUGCUGUUUGUCUGCCUGUUUAUGCAGUUUUCUGAUGCUGAGAAUGGCGAGUGGUUUGGAUAUUUGACCCAGCAAGGGAAAGUGACACUGGAUUUUAAAGGAGGGCCUUUCAAAGGUGAGAAUGUUAACAGGACAGAGAAAACAUGACAGCCACAAAUAAAUGUACCUCCUGUAAUUUGAGUCAAUGCAGUGAUGUAUACAUUGCUUUGAUAUGUGCUCAAUCUGUAAUAUUUAAUGUUUUGCAUUUGUUUGUUUUUAUGUCCAAAUCACCCACUCAAGUGGAUAUAGUAAAUCAAAUGUGGUUGUAUUUGUUUAAAGUGAAUGCAAGCCUUCCUUUGCCCCAGCCAAAAAGGUGGUGGAGGCGCGACACUGUUCUCCAUUAAAAAUCUAUUUUAUUAUGAAUUAAUUAAAAACAGACGUUUCGGUCAUGGUGGACCUUCAUCAGACAGGUUUCUUUCUCCCAAAUAAAUGCAUCAGAUCAAAAAAUGUGACCUUGUGUACAUCUGUGAUUACACUGACAAUUAAUCUGCCAUUCGUUUUCUUUCAGGUUUCUUCCAUGUGCCUCGGUGCCUUUAUAUGUGCGAGAAAAUCCUGGACUCUAUACUGAACAAACAGGAAUCCUGAGGUCACCAACUAGCAUGACCUGGACAAUGUAAUUUUUAAAAUCAUAUACACUGAGUGUACAAAAC